UCUCUCUCCGCUCAGAGCCCCUUCUCCACACGAUCGUCGUCGAGUUGCGCCUUAAACCCUAGCGGAGAGGGGAGAGGGAGAGGGCUCGUUGAUCGGAUGUUUCGGGUAGCAAUGGAGUCGUCUCCAUUAAUGAUCGAUGGCGAUCAUUUUGUUGUGAUCGCGACCUUGUAGUCGUCGUCGUCGUCGUCUUCGUCUUCGUGAGGGGUUUAGGUUUUCGUUUAGUGGUGGAAUUCGCUUGUUGAUCUCGAUCGGCUUUGGUUUUUUGUUUUUUUUUUUUACCUCGAUUUCGCUUUUUCGGGAGGUCCUAAUUCGCGUCAGGGUUUUUCCCAUCGAUCGAUUCGGUGUUUGGCUUGGCAAAUGCGGAGGUAGUGCUUCGGCGGAGGAGGAGGAGGAGGAGGAGGAGAAGUGAGGGUUUUGGGGGCGAGUAUGCCGUUCCAGAUCAAGAUCCAGCCGAUGGAUUCGAAACAGGCGGCGCGGGGCGAUCCCGCAAAGCAGGGGGGGAGGUCGCGGCUGAAGCGGCUCUUCGAGCGCCAGUUGCCGAGCGUCCUCAUGGCCGGGGGCGAGGAAAGGGAGAGGGAGAGGGAGAGGGAGAGGGAGAAGGAGAGGGACGAGGGCAAGGGCGAGGGCGAACCGAGCUCCGUGGGCCUCGACCGCAUGGUGCUCAGCUUCAUCGAGGAGAGCAACGAUCGCCCCCCGCGGGGCCGCUGCAACUGCUUCAACGGCCACCACGACGACAGCUCCGACGACGAGCUCGACCUCUACUUCGCCGACGCCCCCCGCUCCGCCGCCGCCGCCGCCGCCGUCGCCCCCGUCGACGCCGCCGAGCUCCUCAAGGGUUUGGUCCCCUGCACGAGCGUGGCCGAGCGCAACCUCCUCGCCGACGCCUCGAAGAUCCUGGACCGUAGCAAGGGGCCCAAGGGCAAGGACAACUCCCGCUCCCUCCUCGCCGAUGGCCUCAGAACCCUCGGCUACGACGCCGCCAUUUGCAAAUCUCGCUGGGACCGAACCCCUUCUUACCCCGCCGGGGAGCACGAGUACGUGGACGUGGUGGUGGUCCCCGGCGGCCGCCGCCUCAUCGUGGAGGUGGACUUCCGCUCGGAGUUCGAGAUCGCGCGGUCCACGAAGGCCUACCGCGCCGCCCUCCAAUCCCUGCCGCCGAUCUUCGUGGGCUCCUCCGACCGCCUCGCCCAGAUCGUCUCCCUCCUCUCCGACGCCGCCCGCCUGAGCCUCAAGAAGAAGGGCCUCCACUUCCCCCCCUGGCGCAAGUCCGAGUACAUGCGCGCCAAAUGGCUCUCCCCCUUCCUCCGCCUCCCCGAACCCCCCCAACCACCCCCCAAACCCGACUCCCCCACCCCCUUCGACCUGCUGCGUCUCGCCCACGCUGCCCUCCCCCCUCCCGACGACCGGAUCACCGUCCUCGUCGUCUCGGCGCCGCCGCAGCCCGAAGUCGUCACUACCGGGUUCGCUUCCGAUUUUUGAGUUUUCAAAUCCGUAAAAAAAAAAAAAAAAACACUUUUUGGCUUUUGUUGUGGGAUUUUGAGAUGAGAGUAUGUGUGUGUGUGCGCGCGCGCGUGUGUGUGAGAGAGCUCUCUAAUGUUAGCGGUUUGGUUCCUUUUUUCUACCCCCAACCCCUUCUGAGGGCCUUCUUUUUUUUUUUUUCUUUCUUUUUUCACCUCUCUCUCUCCUAAGAACUAGAUCUUUCAAAAGCUGUGUAGUGGGAUGAAAUUAAAUAUCCUCUUUUUUGGUUUUUUCUUUAUAUAAUCUAAUUUUGUCGCAGCGGCGCAUCCGGUACGUUGA